AUGACUGACCAGUUGGGCAUUCCGCAACCAGUGUCCAACGCACCGGUAAACAUAGCAGAAAGGAUGAAAGCACGUAUGAUACAGAAUAUACUGCUCAUCUGGCUUCGCACUGAUACUGAUGAAGAUAAUGAAGCGUGGCUCAAUGCGAUCGAUCAACUACGAAAUGUCAUCCAUACGAUUGAAAUUUUUACUGAUGUUGACAAAUGUAUCGAUUUUCUCACAGAUAAUUCCAAAGAAACUGCAGCUAUGAUCGUCUCUAGUUCAUUAUGUUAUCGAUUAGUGCCACUGAUACAUGAUAUUCCUCAUCUUCAUACACUUAUUAUUUCUUCUAAAAAUAAAACAGUCGAGAAAGAAGAAGUCAAAAAUUGGAUUUCCAUUGAUCGUCAUGCUAUAUUCGAGGCGCUUAAACCAACUGCAAAACACUGUGAACGCGACGCCAUAUCUAUAACUUUUAUGCAAACUGAUACUCAACAGACCGAAAAGAACUUAGAUAAACUUGAUUGCUCGUUUAUGUACACAGAGAUACUGAAAGACAUAAUAUUACAAAUUAAUUUCGAGCCUGAACACUUUGAUCAAUUCAUCAAUUAUUGUCACCAACAAUUUUCAGAUAGUGUUUCGCAUCAAAAGCAGAUUAAGCAACUCAAAGAAACCUACCGUAAUCAGGAUCCAAUAUGGUGGUACACUGGAGAUUCCUUUUUAUAUCCUAUGCUUAAUCGAGCACUUCGAACAAUGGAUGCCAUCUUAAUCGUUAAUAUGGGCUUUUAUAUCCGUGAUCUUCACGAAUCUAUCGAACAACUACACCUAAAAAGGUCUAAACUACCGAAUUCUAAUGUUACCUUCACCGUGUAUCGUGGCCAAAGUCUAACUACGACUGAUUUUGAUCAGUUAUCAAAGACAAGGGGAGGACUCAUCGCUUUCAACAAUUUCUUGUCCACCUCGAUCGACAGUUCUGUUUCAGAAAUAUUUCUCGGGCAAAGCCAGCACGAUCCUAACCUUGUAGAUGUUCUAUUUGUUAUGACGAUUCAUCCUUCUCAGUCAAGGACACCUUUUGCCUUUAUUAGUGCUGUCAGCAAAUUUCGCGAUGAAAACGAAGUACUCUUCUCAAUGCACAGUGUUUUUCGUAUAACUAAUAUUCAACAGCUCAAUGGUCUUGGCAAAUUAUAUCAAAUAGAACUAACUCUAACCAGCGACGAUGAUCCGCAACUUCGCCAACUAUCGCUAAAAUUCGCUCAAGAACUCAACGUCUCAUCAGGGUGGGACGCACUGGCCCGACUUUUUCACACGAUGGGCUACUACGAAAGAGCACUACAAUUGUAUGAGCUUCUGAUGCUACGCUUUACUAGUGAAUUACUGAAAACAAAUAAUAAUGAGACGACCUUUAAUUCGAUGUCUAACAUAUUAAACCACAACGAACCCAUGCCCUUUGAUGCAACGCCAAUGAGUUUAUAUCCAACAAAUGAUUCACACUUCCAGCGCAAACUAGCUACCUACCACAACAACAUCGGUGGGGUGUACUCUAGCAUGGGUGAAUAUUCGAAAGCUCUUUCUUACUACGAGAAGUGUCUUGCAAUUGAACAGCAAUCACUUCAACCCAAUCAUCCUGAUUUGGCAACGUCUCACAACAACAUCGGUGGGGUGUACAAAAGCAUGGGUGAAUAUUCGAAAGCUCUCUCUUACUGCGAGAAGAGUCUUAGAAUCCAACAACAAUCACUUCCACCCAAUCAUCCUUACCUAGCAACGUCUCACAAUAAUAUCGGUGAGGUGUACCACAGCAUGGGUGAAUAUUCGAAAGCUGUUUCUUACUACGAGAAGUGUCUUGCAAUCCAGCAGCAAUCACUUCCACCCAAUCAUCCUGAUUUAGCAACGUGUUACAAUAAUAUCUGUCAGGUGUACCACAGCAUGGGUGAAUAUACGAAAGCUCUUUCUUACUACGAGAAGUGUCUUGCAAUCCAACAACAAUCACUACCACCCAAUCAUCCUGAUUUAGCAACGGCUCACGACAACAUCGGUGGGGUGUACAAAAGCAUGGGUGAAUAUACGAAAGCUCUUUCUUACUACGAGAAGUGUCUUGCAAUCCAACAACAAUCACUUCCACCCAAUCAUCCUUACCUAGCAACGUCUCACAAUAAUAUCGGUGAGGUGUACCACAGCAUGGGUGAAUAUUCGAAAGCUCUUUCGUACUACGAGAAGUGUCUUGCAAUCCAACAACAAUCACUCCCACCCAAUCAUCCUGAUUUGGCCUCGUCUCACAACCACAUCGGUGAGGUGUACAAAAGCAUGGGUGAAUAUUCGAAAGCUCUUUCUUACUACGAGAAGUGUCUUGCAAUCCAACAACAAUCACUUCCAUCAAAUCAUCCUGAUUUGGCCAGGUCUCACAACAACAUCGGCAUGGUGUACCAGUGCAUGGGCGAAUAUUCGAAAGCUCUUUCUUACUACGAGACGUGUCUUGCAAUCCAACAACAAUCACUUCCAUCCAAUCAUCCUUCCCUAGCAACGUCUCACAACAAUAUCGGUGAGGUGUACCAGCGCAUGGGUGAAUAUUCGAAAGCUCUUUCUUACUACGAGAAGAGUCUUGCAAUCCAACAACAAUCACUUCCACCCAGUCAUCCUUUCAUAGCAACGUCUCACAACAACAUCGGCAUGGUGUACCAGUGCAUGGGUGAAUAUUCGAAAACUCUUUCUUACUGCGAGAAGGGUCUUGCAAUCCAACAGCAAUCACUUCAACCCAAUCAUCCUGAUUUGGGAACGUCUCAUAACAAUAUCGGUGGGGUGUACUUCAGCAUGGGUGAACAUUCGAAAGCUCUUUCUUACUACGAGAAGUGUCUUGCAAUCCGACAACAAUCACUUCCACCCAAUCAUCCUGAUUUAGCAACGUCUCACAACAAUAUCGGCAUGGUGUACAAAAGCAUGGGUGAAUAUCCGGAAGCUCUUUCAUACUACGAGAAAUGUCUUGCAAUCCAACAGCAAUCACUUCCACCCAAUCAUCCUGAUUUGGGAACGUCUCAUAACAAUAUCGGUGGGGUGUACCACGGCAUGGGUGAAUAUUCGAAAGCUCUUUCUUACUACGAGACGUGUCUUGCAAUCCGACAACAAUCACUUCCACCCAAUCAUCCUGAUUUAGCAACGUCUCACAACAACAUCGGCAUGGUGUACGACAGCAUGGAUGAAUAUUCGAAAGCUGUUGAUCAUUUAGAAAAGUGUCUGGGGAUUCUGCAACAAUCCCUACCCUCAAAUCAUCCUCUUUUGUGUAUAUGUCACCGGAAUAUUGGAACAGUAUAUGAUAGCAUGGGUAAAGAAUCAGAAGCUAUUUAUCAUUACGAGAAAUGUUUGGCAUUUGAAAAACAAUAA